UGCAGAGAGCAGUGCAACAGAGUGGAACGAAAGAGAAAGAAGACGAGGAGAGUGAGAAGAGAAAAAGAAGAGAACUUCCAUUUACAAUUCACGCUCCUUCCCUCAUCGGAAGUUGUAAAACCCAACUUUGAUUUUGUAAUAAUAUUAUUGUUCUUCGUCAAUUUUAGUGUUCAUUUUUCAUCUGCUACUCCAACCAGUCCCACUGCCUCUUCAUCUAUAUAAACCCAACCUUUCCGCCCUUCUAUCCUCUGCCAUUCACGCAUACACUGCCUGCAAUUUCUCACCACCGGCUUUGGGCUCUCUGAUUCUCUCCUCCCGCUCGCUUCGCCAUUCUUCGACCCUUCCGUAGGCUGGAGACUGAACAAAAAACAAUAAUACAUGGAGGACGUCACAGGAAGAAGUUUGGAAUGCCAGACAAUUAUGGAUGGGAAGGCGACUAACGGGAAUGGCUUAGAUAAGGCCAUUCCUUCUUGUUGUUUGAAGGCUAAGGCGUCAGAUCCUGAGCUUGAGGCUCAAUGCCAUUCAACUGUUGUUUCUGGCUGGAUUUCAGAAUUCCAGUCUGGCUCUGAUAAAGCUAGCAAGUUUGUUUAUUUCAACAACCCAAUGUGGCCGGGAGAAGCACAUUCUCUGCAAGUAGAGAAUAUACUAUUUAAAGGAAAGUCAGAGUACCAAGAGGUCAUGGUUUUUGAGUCUGCAUCAUAUGGAAAAGUCCUUGUUCUUGAUGGCAUUGUUCAACUGACAGAGAAAGAUGAAUGUGCCUACCAGGAAAUGAUAGCGCAUCUUCCUCUUUGUUCGAUCCCGUUUCCUAAAACCGUUCUGGUUGUUGGCGGAGGUGAUGGCGGAGUCCUGAGGGAAAUUUCUCGUCACGACUCAGUGGAGCACAUCGACAUUUGUGAGAUAGAUGAGAUGGUCAUUAAUGUGUCAAAACAAUUUUUCCCCCAACUAGCUGUUGGAUUCGAGGACCCUCGUGUUCACCUUCAUGUUGGUGAUGCUGUUGAAUUUCUUCGGAAUGCAAAGCAAGGGAAGUAUGAUGCCGUCAUUGUUGAUUCCUCUGAUCCUGUGGGUCCUGCCCAAGAACUGGUGGAGAUGCCAUUUUUUCAGACGAUAGCCCGAGCAUUGCGACCCGGUGGUGUUCUCUGUAACAUGGCUGAAAGUAUGUGGCUGCAUACACAUCUCAUUCAGGACAUGAUAUCAAUAUGUCGCCAAACAUUCAAGGAUGUUCACUAUGCCUGGACCAGUGUUCCAACAUAUCCAAGUGGUGUUAUAGGGUUUCUACUCUGCUCAACUGAAGGGCCAACAGUUGAUUUUAGGAACCCUGUGAAUCCCAUUGAGAAGUUAGGACAUCUCAAGUCAAAAAGAGAACUCAAAUUCUACAACUCUGAGAUGCACUUGGCUGCAUUUGCGCUGCCAUCGUUUCUCAAGAGCGAGGUGAAGGCACUUAGUGAUGCUUCAGCUUCACUUAAAAAGGGAAGCAUUUCAUCCUAAGUUGGUGACUGUUUGAAAUGCUUCUUCCAAGGUGGUGGUGGGCACUAGUGUUGAGUGUAUACAUAAAAUUAUUGGAGUGGCUGAAACAUCUCUACUGUGUGCUGAGGGAGGGCAUCGUUAAUGAUAUUAUUUAACAAGUUCAGGUUUGUUAUCCUAGUAGAAGAAAAGUGUUUAGCUGUUUUUGUUGUUUUUCCAUGGCUGAUUGGUAUGCCAAUUAGCCGAUAAAUAAAGAAAAACAAGAAAGAAACCACUUCCUAAUUAAUAAAAAUGGGGAAUUUAUAUAACAA